AAAAGGCGGCUGAGGGGAAAUGUGAUAAAAUAGCCAAGGGAACUACAUGUUUAAAAGGCCCUGAAGUGUGGAGGAUGGGACAGAUGUGGGGUGGAGAGCGUUCAUAGUCUUAGAGAGUGUUCAGAGUCUUAGAGACCUCACCAGCAGUGGGGUGUGGAGCUGGGUAUAGUGGUCCAGACCAGGUUGAAGAAGGAGGCAGAGAUGGAAAAAGAGCCUGGACGUAUGAUAAGGCUGCUUUAGUCAGGAAUCUUUUAGUUGCAAGUGACAAAAAUCCACCUAAGAGAAAAGGGAAGACUUGAUUGACUCAGAAGCUGAAAGUGCAGGGCUUUUCUGGUCAAAGAUGUCAUUGGGUUGUGAAUCCUCUGUCUCACGUUUGCUCUUCUUUGAAUUAGCUUCAUUCUUAGGUCGGCCUCUGUGAAAAUGGUCCUUGGAUCCCCUUUGUAACACAGAAGCCAAACCCUGCAGUGAAAGGGAGUAAGGGCCACUUACCCUAAUCGUGAAAGUUGCUUUCUUUUCAGGCCCCUGGGGGAGGGCAGGAAGCUUGGCCUUUGAGGGAGUUUUCGGACGCAGAGAAGGGGACAGAUGACUGAUUGUUUCCAGACUCUGAAGUUGUUUGCUUUUUAAAAAUAGCAAACCCACGGCCCCUGUCUCUUUCUGGAAGGGCCUACAAUGCAUUUUCUCAGCUGCAUCCUGAGUCUCCCAGAGAAUCAGUAUCAUUUGGAUUAGUAAGAGCAAAGAAGGAAGGCGGGAGCCCCAGAAAUUCCUCCUGACUCCCCGCCGGGUCCUGACCUAUUGGUCUUCCCCGCGCUGCUGCUUCCCGCCCUUCUCAGAGUCCUCCCGGUCCCUGCCCCCACUGCAGGCUCCAGCACUCCCCCAUCCGGUGAGCUGGCUGAGCAGCAGAACGUCCCACCCAGGGACGCCCCUUUUUUUCUGGGCUCUGGCGCUUCCGCCUCCGGGGCGGAGACUCCUCCCCAUCACCGUCCGAGUUGUGUUCCCUGCAAGAGCAGCCGGAAAAGCCUCCGUCUGCUCAGGCCGGUGCUAGCAAGAAGCCUGGUCUCUCCCGCAGCCCCAUAGCCCCGGACGACCGCAGCCCCGUAGCCCCGGACCCCCGACGCCCCGCGGCCCCGCGCAGGGCCCCUCUGGCGGCGCGGGCGCGGCUUCAGCACCGCGGACAGCGCCCCGCCCGCGGCAUGGCAACGCGCUCCGGGCCCGCAGCGCUGCUGCUGGGCUUUGGCCUCCUCGGGCUGCACGCAGGAGUCUGGGGCACUGACACAGAGGAGCGGCUAGUGGAGCAUCUCCUGGAUCCUUCCCGGUACAACAAGCUCAUUCGCCCGGCCACCAAUGGCUCUGAGCUGGUGACGGUACAGCUCAUGGUGUCCCUGGCCCAGCUCAUUAGUGUGCAUGAGCGGGAGCAGAUCAUGACCACCAAUGUCUGGUUGACCCAGGAAUGGGAGGACUAUCGCCUUACUUGGAAGCCUGAGGAGUUUGACAACAUGAAGAAAGUUCGGCUCCCUUCCAAACACAUCUGGCUCCCAGACGUGGUCCUAUACAACAAUGCUGACGGCAUGUACGAGGUGUCCUUCUAUUCCAAUGCCGUGGUCUCCUAUGAUGGCAGCAUCUUUUGGCUGCCGCCAGCCAUCUACAAGAGCGCAUGCAAGAUCGAAGUCAAGCACUUCCCUUUUGACCAACAGAACUGCACCAUGAAGUUCCGCUCGUGGACCUAUGAUCGGACAGAGAUCGACCUGGUGCUCAAGAGUGACGUGGCCAGCCUGGACGACUUCACCCCCAGUGGCGAGUGGGACAUCGUGGCGCUGCCCGGCAGGCGCAACGAGAACCCAGACGACUCCACCUACGUGGACAUCACGUACGACUUCAUCAUCAGGCGCAAGCCACUCUUCUACACCAUCAACCUCAUCAUCCCCUGCGUGCUCAUCACCUCGCUGGCCAUUCUGGUCUUCUACCUGCCAUCUGACUGUGGCGAGAAGAUGACACUGUGCAUCUCUGUGCUGCUGGCGCUCACCGUCUUCCUGCUGCUCAUCUCCAAGAUCGUGCCGCCCACGUCCCUAGACGUGCCGCUCGUUGGCAAGUACCUCAUGUUUACCAUGGUGCUGGUCACCUUCUCCAUCGUCACCAGCGUCUGCGUGCUCAACGUGCACCACCGCUCGCCCACCACGCACACCAUGGCGCCCUGGGUCAAGGUGGUCUUCCUGGAGAAGCUGCCCACGCUGCUCUUUAUGCAGCAGCCGCGCCACCGUUGCGCCCGCCAGCGCUUGCGUCUAAGGCGGCGGCAGCGGGAGCGCGAGGCUGGCGCCCUCCUCUUCCGAGAAGCCCCGGGGGAGUCGUACUCCGGGUCUGCGCGCGGCGGGGUGGGGACAGAUGGCUGUGGCCUCCGCUCGGCGGUGGAUGGCGUGCGCUUCAUCGCGGACCACGUGCGCAACGAGGAUGACGACCAGAGCGUGAGUGAGGACUGGAAGUAUGUCGCCAUGGUGAUCGACCGCCUGUUCCUUUGGAUCUUUGUCUUCGUCUGUGUGUUUGGCACUAUCGGCAUGUUCCUGCAACCUCUGUUCCAGAACUAUUCCGCUGCCACCUUCCUGCAUACGGACCACUCGGCCCCCAGCGCCAAGUGAGGCCCUCCCCAGCUCUCAGCUCCUCCACCCCGUUCUCCGUUGACAGUAGUUUGGGGAGAGGAGGGACAGGGAGGCUACAGGUGGCGGGGUGUGCUGCCCCCAAUCCAGCCUUCCCGCCACCUGAGCCCCUCCCAGCGCACCCCCAGGCCCAACCGGCUGCUGCCCUGCCCCAGCCCCACACUGGUGCUGCUGGUCAGGCAUGGAGGCUGAGGGUGUGGAUGUGGGGCAUCCCACCCCAGGAAAGCAUGAAGGGGACACAGCCCCAGGGCCUCUGAUGCGGUGCCGAACUGACAGCAUGUGGUGGGCUGACGUCAUAGUAGCUCUGAGGGAUGAGCAGGAGGAGGGCCCUGUGGGACUCGACUCGGCCCCUUCCUAAGGACUUGGCCUCUGGGCUGUGGUCAGACCCGUAGGGGGCCUCCAAGGCCCCUCAGCCCCUUGCUUCCAUGGGCUCUGGAGCCUAGCCCCCGGCCCUGCACCCUGUCCCUGCAUGUCUCCCCACUUCCUUUCUUGCUCAAACCGGGCUGGGCAGCAAAGGAGCCCCUGGUUCCAUGUCUUCCGGUGACCUGCGCAGAGCCCACCCAGGUCCUUGCAACUCUGCACAACAUGCGAACUCACGGCUGUCCCUCCCUGCAGGAACUGCCCGGGUGGCAGGGGUCAGUCAAGUAAUGCUGUUAGCUCUAAGGAGCCCCAGCCUUUCUGCCUGCGGCGCUGCCCACCCUCCCCACCAGCCGGGGUGAAGCAGAACCUCCUUGCUGUCAUUGGCUCCUCAGGAAGCACGGCCUCUGCUUCUGUCCUGUGGGCUUAGGAGGCUGUGUCUUGACCCUGCUCCCAGCGACUAGCUGGGGACCACCUGGCUUCUUAGCCUAGGAAACAGACCUCCUAUGGGCCUUCUGCCCCCACCCCUGACCCGUGACUGGGUCUGAUUUGGGGUCCCGCUGGUCCUCAUUGCCAGGCCAGCAGGUGGCCGGUCACAGAAGGGUCAGCGUGCCCAGUGCAGCCAAAGGGCUGGCCACUGCAGAUCAUGCUCUCUUUGGGAUCCCGGCCAGACACAGGUUCUGUAGGCGCAGCAGCAGUGCAGGCAGCACUGACGGGCUGGGGGGAUACGCAGCAUAGGCCACAGGGAGGAUAGUCUCAGUGUGGAUUUGAGUCCUGGCUCACACCUGCUCUCUCAGCUGCUGGGAGCACAUCUCUGCCUUGCUUGGCCUCAGCGACCUUAUCUCUAACAUGGGGACAGCAGCGCCCCCUUUGUGAGUUGGCUGUACAGAGGGACGGAGGUUCGUGAAGAAGCUGUCUGUACUUGGCACAGGGCGGAGAUGUGACAAGUGUGCAGUGGGCUCACCCAACUGUUUCUCUCUUCCUUGUGCAAACUGAGUCCCCUGAAGUAGGGUGGGGACCUGGGGGGGCCGGGCAAGGGAGAAACAUUGCAGGGCGGCUUGGUGGGUCUGAUGGCUGUGCCACUCCGGAGUGUGCCUUUGGCAAAGCGCCAUUCCAGCCCUGGGCUGAGCUUGGCCCUGGGCUCCUCCUAACCCGGGUGAGCUCGGGGCCCCUGGGCUGACCUAGUCCUGCCCCGGAUGGAUGGUAAGCCAGCAGCUGAGCAUGCUGUGCCUCAGCACCUUUCCCCAGCUGCCCAGGUGGGCUCAUGCCAUGUCUUCUGAGGGGUGUUGGGCACUGUGCAGACAGUGCUUUUGUGUCUGCUUUUCUAGAGCAGCAAAUUGGGAGUUGCCUGUAUUGUGCCUGUACCACCUGCAAAUUCCUAGGGAGAGCAACUGGAGAGGAACCCUCCCCCCAGGGGUGGGGUGCCAGCCCGAGGCCUCCCAUCUAGCUGUCCUGGGCUUCUGGCCUCAUCCUGGACCACAUGGGGAGGCCUCUGCCACGGAGGCCCGAUGAACAACUCUGCCAGCUCCCUGCUUUAGGACUGCCCAUGCAUGGCUGUGGUCCAAGCAGGUCACCAGAAAUGCUUGAGAGGCUUCAGGCCCCAGCUUACCCAGCUCUCCACGAGCAUCUGACACAUAAGGAAACUGAGGCCAGGAGAUGGCUGCCUCACUUUGCACAAGCACUGGGCUCCGACCCUGCUCGUUCUCAGCGGUGACGUGAGGGUGGCCGAGCCUGCUGAGGAAAGACAGGCCGCCUGUGACGGGGCUGAGUGGGCAGGGCCCUUGGGGCAGUGCCAUCCCCUCCAUGUCUGGGUGCAGCUCUCUGUGGGGACAUGCCGGCAGUGGGGAGAGGAGGGCACGGAUGGGAGUUGGAGCCUUGGGAGCACCGGAAGGUACAUUGAGGGUGGUCCCUUGUCCCUCCCUUGGUGCUGUCUGGGGCUCCCCACCCCUGCCCAGGGCUGGGUGCCCUCAGUGUGGAGAGGGCACUGCAGACACUGGGCUGGGGAAGCAGGCUGGACAGCAGGGUCACAGGCCAUCUGAAAACCACUUUGUCCGAGGAGAGGGCCUGGGCAGACUCUGCUUCGGGUCGCUGGUGCUGCGGUAGGAAAGUGGUUUCUUGGCGGCUAGGUGUCUCAUAUGGCAGUAGCUAGACUAUGUUACUGAAGACUUGAAAGCAAAUGAGGCAUGGAAGCCUCACAGCUGGCCUUCUGUGUGGAGGAGGCCUGUCCGUGUAGGGAGGCUGAGGCAGGGAAGGCUCUGGGUGGAAUUGGGGGGCACGACUCCUGUCUCCUCCCAGCGCCGGGCCUUUGCCUGCAGGGAAGGGGCCCCUGUUGAUGGAAGCCUCACUCAGAGGCGGAGGGACCACUGGGCCUCGCGGCAGGCUGGGGGAGAGCCACGGGCAUGUAGGAUUCGGUUCCGGCUCUCAGGCAUGGCCACACAGUCCCUUGGUCCAGCAGGUGUUGCCCAUCACGUGCCCAGGCCAGAGUGAGAGCCAGUGGCACCUUUCAGUGUUUGGCCAGCAGGCCCGAGUGGCCAGGGUGAAUGUCCUGUGGCUCCUAAGGGACUGCAGGUCUAGGAGUUGCUGAGGUGCCUCCCGACCCCGAGCUUCCUGCCCGGCCUUGGCCUCCCCUGUCUGUGCUUCUGGAAUAUUUGCACUGGUCUAGCCAGGCCAGAUUCAUUAGGAACUCAAGAUUCUCGCAAAGAAAAGUUGUUUCCAAAGA